CGAUGGAUUCCAUCUUAAGCAUUCAGGUCAAAGACGAGCCCCUUAGCCAUACUCUUUACGAAGCAAGUAGCCCAUACCUUACCACCCACCAGCGGGGGCCCACCGAGGGUGAUCUGACGGACAGUGUCGUCCGCAACAACGACAACCGCAACUUCAUUAGCAGCCUCUCGUCGAAAAGCCCUUUCCAUCUAGCAUCAUCCGAAGAUCGCUCCACACAAAAUAACCCGCUCUUUGCUAAGCCAGAGGUCUUCUAUGAAGUGACUGGGAGUGACCGCUAUGUUGCUCAGCCCAUACUCGAUGCAAAGCUUCGUAAAGGCUUCUUCGAAGUCAACGGCAAAUGGACUUUGUACAAUCGCAACUACUUUUCAGUUGAGUGUGCCGUUUCCUUUCCUCGGGAGAUCGAAAAUGGGCUGUACAUACAGCGCGGUGGAGCAGAACUUCAGCAAAUACACGGCUUUUCCGUGAGACUUUUGGCGAGCAAGGAUGGUGAAAACUGUAAAUUGGUACAGCACACACCUAGAAGAGUUCGAAAGAGGGAAGCCGCAUCGGAAGAGAUAAUUUGGUUCCCACUCAUCGCCAAUGCAACUGGUAGAGAGGCAGCGGACCGAUCUGAAGAAGUCAAUAUCCCCCGCAACGUCAAGUUGUCCAAUAAUAACGCAGGAGAAAGCAGACUAUUCUCUCACACUUUCGAGAGAAUACAGUUUGAGAAGGCUACGCCAGACUAUAUCAAAAGACGCUCACAGAAGCAACACUUUAAUCUCGUGAUUGAGCUUAAUGCCCAGAUCUCGGGCGGGGAGCCCGAUCGAAACUUGCACUGGCUGAGGAUUGCCCGACAAACCUCAGAACCAUUCAUCAUACGUGGUCAACCCGCAGGUCAUUGCAAGGGGGGAAGAAGGGGUGAUCACACUUCCAUUUUUUAUGGUGGUGAUGGCAUGCGUCGAGGUAGUCUCACCGCGUCACGUCCGUUUCUGAGAGAUUUUGAGUGGCGUACAGACCGUAGGACCAACGCUGAAGAGAGCAAUCAUCAUCCGCCUACUGCUCAGCGGCUCCGUGGACGCCAACGCGCAGGACAAAAACGGCUAUACAGUGCUGGCAGUGGCCCCCAGGGCAAGGUAUACAGUAAUCUUGCAUCUGCUGCGCGACGCGCACGUGGAGAUAGUGUCGACGCCCAGUAAUGACAAUUCAGCCAGACAGCAUCUCUCAUUGAGCUGAAGAUGGCUUCUCUCUGUGUUGGCUAUCUAUCACUACCAGGGUUUGAAAUAUUCCUGCCAGACGAGUCCGUUGCAGACCUCAUAAGCACUGGAUAUUACGCAGUUCUUGACUACGCAGUCUGCUUCUGGUCUUCCCGUUUUCAGGAAUGCCUCAAGCACGCCAUAGAUCAGAAGGAUGGUAUGAUAUUAAUUGAGGUUCUUUCAAAUUUCUUAGAGUCGCAGUACCGAUAGCCCCUGAAAGAAAUCAACAUUUCAUCCUCUGCACACGAGUUAAAAAGGCGAAUCGAAAAACAUGGAGAGUAGUCUGCUUCUGAGAAAUUCCUGAACGGUUUCGUCUCUACGCAGAAUCAGAUCGGCUGUUACACUCAGAACGCCGCCAUUAAUGAAUGUCUCGAUAUACCCGACGUUAUUUCGCGCAUCAGAGACAAUAUAGAGAGAGCUGUUUCAGAGAACGUGGGCAGUGAGAGAACUGACUCGAGAGUACUGUACUCUUCCUAUGGUCAUAUAAGUGCCCUAGGAUGAGUUGUGAGUUCUUCUAUCGAGGCUUCGAGACUCCCCAGCAAAGAGAAUCUCAUAUGAACAAGCACGACAGGCCUUUUGGAUGCUCCUUUCCUCAAU